GUGCGCUUUUAUUGCGGGGGCUGCCCCGGGCCUAAAAAAUCCGCAGCCGUCAAGCUACGGGCGUCUCUAGAAGUCCCAUUGGUGUACCAAUACGAUCGCGUGGUAUUUGAGGCAGGCAGCCCACCGACUGACCUCGCAGUGGCUGUGGGAUCGUCGGUGCUCUCCGGCGGUCCCGCUUGCGCAUCGCUACCAAUGGCGGAAGAGACGAAGGAGGCGCAGGAGACGACGGAGGCGACAGCAAAACGAGAAACUACCGAUUGGUCUACGCACACGUACGGCGGGCUCGGCUCGCUGCACGACGGCAAAAAGCUCCUCCACGACCCCAAAGGCCAGGCUGAAGCCUGCACAUUCGCCACAAUGAAGAGAAGGACGACAGAGCAGCGCGCGUGGCGCCCCAUCGACGACUGGAUGCGGCAACACGCCCAGAAAAACUUUCCGGUGGACCCGCAAGCCGUCGCCGGCGCCACUGAGUUGCUCCUCGGGCAAACGAGCAACACACGGGUCGUCACGACUUACUUUGACACGACGUGCACCUUCUUUGCCCUAAUUACGCAGGUGGAGCAGAAGGGAAAAACAAAAGGCGAGCCGCUCGUGAACGUCUACGCGCUGAGUGGUCACGUUUUGCUUCCCUGCGAGUCCGGAGCCAUGAUGCAACUAUCCGAGGGCGAAUAUGUCUUCAUGCUCCCCGACGAGGCGUCGCCUCCCGUCAUGCUGAUGCGGUUUCCGUUGCUGAAAAACCAACCGUUCAUGCUAGAUGGGGUGGUAAGCGCGAGCCGAAAGCUACGUACCUGCGCCGCCUGCGGACAGGUCUGGCGCCGUUCGAUGAAGAAGUGCGCCGGUUGCGGUGAGGUCCCUUACUGCAGCCAAGUGUGCCAGCGCCAUCACUGGUCCAGCCAUAAGGCUGCCUGCAAACGCGCCCGGUCGCAACGGAAACCAACGCCUGAGGGGGGAACUAAGUAGAAGAAGAUAACACUAGGAACUAAGUAGAAGAAAAUAACA